UCAGCCAGUGCACGUUGGCUAAGCUCCGUUUUAGAUGAGUCGGGUACUUGGGAGCUGCAGGAACCGGGAGGCAGGCUGCAAAGCUGAGCGCCGCUUCUCCGUUGAAUGGCGGCGGAGCUGGAGUCGUUGUCCUGGUUGCUGUCGUGGCUCUCAGAAAGCUGAGAUGUGCCCAAGAGCUGAGUAGCUGUCUUGUGUUUAAAAAAAAAAAAUCAGUUUAUGCCAAUGCACUGGGCGCUAAUGUCCCAGAAAUACGGUGUGAUCAUAUACAGAACUCUCCCUCUGGGAGGCGCUCACGUUCUAGAAGGGAGAGAGGAAAAUCUGUCCUCCCACUGCUAUUUUGUUUCGUCCGCAUUGUCCCUGAUGCGUGAUUUGCCACGCUUACUGUCUGCAACUCCCAAUGUAAGCCCAAGAUCAACAAAUAGGAAGUUUUGGUCCAUUUUCUUUAAAGCUGCAUUAUCAGCGAACUAGCACCGUGCCCUGCACGUGGUAAGAGCCCAGUCCCUGCCUGUUGAAUGAAUUGGCAAGCUGAAAAUUAAAGCUUGGGAUGUAGUGAUGCCUGCCAGACUUCUCCGAGCCCUGGCCGGAUCUCACAGUCUAUUACCCAAAGUGCAUCAGUGCCGAAGACCAACGCAUUGGAUGCUAAAUCCACUUAAGGAACUUGAAACUACAACAUGCAACACCCUGACAAUACGUCAAAACUUGGAUUUGUUCUUUCCUGAUGCAUCAACUGGUGGUUUGAAUAAGUUUCAGAUGCUGGGAAUGAAUGAGAAAAUAUUAAAUACAAGCCUGUUCUCUCCACUAAAUAUUGCACAUUGCCAGGGUGGAAGAGUGCAGCUUCCAACCCUGAAGUCAUUGGAUACUUGCAGAAAAGUGACCCACAAACCAAACUUCUUGGGUUCUAAGUGGUUUAUAAAAAUAUUAAGGAGGAAUUACUCAUCUGUAUCAACUGAAACCUUUGUUCCCAAACAAGACGUUCCGCAAAUCAAGAGACCACUGAAGGCUUCCAGGACCAGGCAACCAUCCAGGACCAACCUCCCAGUGCUGUCUGUGAAUGAGGACCUGAUGCACUGCACAGCAUUCGCAACAGCAGACGAGUACCACCUGGGAAGUCUGUCCCAAGAGCUCACCUCCCACGGAUACGUUGAAGUAACAAGCUUGCCUAGAGAUGCAGCAAAUAUUUUGGUGAUGGGUGUGGGAAGUUCUGCAAAAGAAGGUGAUCCUGGAACAGUGUUCUUCUUCAGGGAAGGAGCUGCUGUGUUUUGGAACGUGAAAGACAAGACUCGGAAACAUGUGAUGCAAGUUCUAGAAAAACAUGAAAUUCAGCCCUAUGAAAUUGCAUUGGUACACUGGGAAAAUGAAGAGCUUAACUACAUAAAAGUAGAGGGGCAGUCAAAACUUCACAGAGGGGAAAUCAAGUUAAACUCAGAGCUGGAUUUAGACGAUGCCAUUCUGGAGAAAUUCGCUUUCUCCAAUGCUCUUUGCCUUUCAGUGAAACUGGCUAUUUGGGAAGCAACACUGGAUAAGUUUAUUGAGUCUAUUCAGUCAAUUCCAGAGGCUUUAAAAGCUGGGAAGAAAGUGAAACUAUCUCACAAAGAAGUUAUGCAGAAAAUGGGUGAACUAUUUUCCCUAAGGCAUCGUAUAAACUUAAGUUCAGACUUCUUGAUCACUCCUGACUUCUACUGGGACAGAGAAAACCUGGAAGAGCUCUAUGAUAAAACCUGUCAAUUCCUUAGCAUUGCUCGAAGAGUUAAGGUCAUGAAUGAAAAACUUCAGCACUGCAUGGAACUGACAGAUCUGAUGCGGAACCACCUUAACGAAAAGAGGGCCCUGCGACUUGAAUGGAUGAUUGUUAUCCUCAUCACCAUAGAGGUAAUGUUUGAGCUGGGACGAGUAUUUUUCUGAUCAAGUGUAACCAAAGUGUCAUUGCCAAGAUGCUUAAGUUCUACAAUCAAAAGUGAAGUUCAACAUUGGGUGAUCUCAUUUAAUAGGUUAUUUUUAAAAAUAAAAUCGUAAUAAUGGGCUGUUUUCGCUCCCAAAUACAUUGCUGCUUGAAUAAAAAUUAUGAAGAACUGG